AUGCAGGAGUUUCGCAUCGGGAUUACCUACAAUUCUUGGCUUAGUCCAAAUUGCCAAAAUACAUCUAUUCAGAUACCAACUGAUAUAAUAGAAAGCUCUAAAGAAGUAGAUUUUACGAUUAAGUAUAAAACCGAAAUUUGCAGGAAUUGGGAGAAUGGCAUAUGCGAGUUUGGGGAUCAAUGUGCAUUUGCUCAUGGAAUCCAUGAAUUACGAGAGAAGACAGCCCUCCCAAAUAACUACAGGACUAAAAGGUGUAAACAGUUUUAUGAAUUAGGCUAUUGUCUUUAUGGGACAAGGUGCCAGUUCAAGCAUCGAGAAUUUUCUCCAUCAUCUGUAAAAAUAAAUUCAAGUGAGUCCAAAUUUCUUUUAGGAAAAGGGUGUGAUGAUAACACUAAAAGAAGGCUCAGAAUUUUUGAAGAGCUUGAAUGUAAAGGUCAGGCGCAAAAAUAA